AUGCGACGGACGUUUCGACAGCUCGCGGCCGUCAAGCCCGCCAGAUAUCUCGAGCCCGGGACUCCCACCGGCCUCACAGGGCUCAGCACCCACCCAGCGCCCCGCUCCACGCUCCUCUACCUCUACUCCAGCACGCUCGACAAGCUGAAAGAAAUCCCCGAGUCGUCGCUAUAUCGCCAAUCGACCGAAGCGCUGACCAAGCAUCGCAUGUCGAUCGUCUCUGCCGUCGAACCCGACGGCUACAAGGAGUGGUCGGAGAAGGCGAAGAAGGUCAUCGCGGAGCAUCCUGAGGUGUUCAAUACGCCUGAGGGCGGCGUGGAUUAUGAUAUGGGGAGGCACUUGAAGAUUUUGAGGGAUGGGAAGGUGUUUGUUAGGAGUAAGACUGAUCAGGAGUUUGACGAUACGACGCAGGAAUGGGAUGGGGAGGAAAAUUUGGGACCCGAGUUGGAGGGAACAAGAUCUACGGAAGACAGGAAAGGGCAGAGUGUUUUGGGUAUGAAGAGGCCGGUAGAGGAUACAAAGACUAUUCUCUGGGAGGAGGAACCUGCAUUGACUGCCGAACAAGUCUCUGAUUUGGAGACUAAGAUUGGUGCUGGUCUAAUUGAGGAGGUCAUUCAAGUUGCUGAGGGAGAGAUGAAGCUUGUAGAUGUUAUGGUGAAGUCAAAAGCAUGGGAAGAUUUAGAGGAAAAGCCUGUUGAAGGACAGUGGACAUAUUUCAUGCGAGACACCGGCACACCUGUCACACAACCUCCACCUCAAAAAUAG